AAAUUCAACUACUCCACCAUGGACGCUUCUCUUUGUACUGCUUAUCCUUCGCUGACAUCGCCAAUCUCAGUACCCCAAUCAAAACCCACGUUCACAAAGUAUUCAAAUCCAACGGUCAAGUUCACUUGUACACAAAACUGCAAAACUUUGAUAGGAAACAAACAUAGUCAACGGCUGACAACCAAGGUUGCUGCCAAUAUUCAUGAUGUUUCAGCCGUAGCUGAUCCUGCCCGUGCUGAUAUUACAUGGCAAAUUGUUGUUGGAGCUAUAGCUGGGGUUACGCCUUUCGUUGUUGCAGGUAUUGAAUUCAGCAAAAGAAUUAUUGCACAAAGAAGGUGUGAAGAAUGUGGGGGCUCAGGACUUGUUUUCAGGAACAAUGAUUAUUUUAAAUGCCCUGAAUGUGGUGGGUUUCUUCCAUGGCAGUCAUGGAAAAGAUUCUUCACUGGUUAAUACUCUCUUGAAUUGAUCUUUCAAUGUUAUAAGAUUUCCCAUAAGUUAGUUCACACUUUCCAUUUUAUGGUUCAGGAAUGUAGUUUCAGCGCAUAAAGAAGUUGAAACUUGAAGGGAAAGCUGUAAAAACUUUCCGGCAUGUUAACUCUUAUAUGGUUUUGGAUUCAAAUAUACAACCUUUUUGUGAACAAAAAACAGUGUUUGAUUGUUACCUGUGGUCAAGUUUGUACAGGUCAGAUUAUUCCUGAACUACAUAUAUGAUACUUCAAAGUAGACAUGGAUAUAGCAUCUCGAAUCUUGACCUUCCGAAUAUAAGCCUGAACACGC